UUUGUAUAAAUCUCCUGCGAGUGCACUACAAGGAAUUUACCAAAGGGACACAAUCGGACACCAUCUUCAAUAGAACAAAACAUUCGAACUCGAUUUUUGUGGAGGACUCCUGACAAUCCCGUCACUUCACUUUUCAGCUACACAACUCUGAAAUCAUCACAAUGGAUGAGUUGGAUGAGGCUCAGUUGAAGAAACAUGUGGACAGUCUGAAGCAGCAGCUACAGCUAAAAAGAGAGAAAACAUCCGCCUCUCUUCCAGAGUUAACUAAAUGGAUAGAGGAGAAAAUGAACGAGGAUCCAUUUCUGAAUCCAGACUUACUGAAGCAGAACCCGUGGGUGGAGAUAAGCAAAUGUGUUAUAAUAUAGAGCUGUCAAUCAUCACUAUGGCAACAGGAGUGACUUACACCGCCUAACUUUGACUAGGAUGGACAAAAAUGCAAAUUAACUAAUUCUGAGUAAAUCUGCUUUGUUGUUUGCUCUAGUCAGGCCAUCA